CUUAUAGCUGCUGACACCUUUCUUUUUCUUCUUUAUUGCAGUUCAUGGGAGAUCAAUUGGACGUUGAAUGUUUGGAACCAGGAUUUAUAAACUCAGAGCUGUUGAGUUUCGGGAAAGAAGAGGAGGAGGAAGAAGAAGAUUCGCAGUAUACGAUAUUUAGCUUGAAAGAUAAAGUGCCUUUCCUUCAGAUGCUCCAAAGCGUUGAACUUGAGCCCCCACAGCUUUUCACCUUCAAAAACCCCAACUUUCAGACACUUUUGAGACUGCAACACUUGAACAACAACGACCCUUUCAUGGAAACACAAAUCCAAGCUUUAGAGCUUGAAAGCUGUGUCACCCGUGAAGCACUGGACUUGCCUUCACCGGUCAAAUCCGAGACCAAUAACGACCUUAAAAACAACCCACAUUUUUCGUCUUCAUGCUUUGAUGUUGUGAGCUCCGAGUACAACCAAAACGCAGAAAAUUGCAGUAAAAACGUCACCAAAUCCACUCUCGUUGCCAGAGAACGAAGGAAGCGGAAGAGGACGAAGCCGGUUAAGAAUAAAGAAGAAGUUGAGAGCCAACGAAUGACCCACAUUGCCGUUGAACGCAACCGUAGACGUCAAAUGAACGAUUAUCUAAAUUCCCUCCGCUCUCUCAUGCCUCCAUCUUAUAUCCAAAGAGGUGACCAAGCGUCUAUUAUAGGGGGUGCAAUUGACUUCGUCAAGGAACUAGAGCAACUUGUUCAAUCCAUGGAAGCACAAAAGAGAAUGAGAACAACUGAAGAAAGCGACAACAACUGCAGCAGUAAUAAUUCGGAGUCAAAAUCUGCAAUAGAAAUUUCACAGCCUGAAGUUGUAAAGGGAGAAGCUGAAAUAGAGGUUAAUGUAGUACAGAAUCAUGUCAACUUAAAGAUUCAAUGUGAAAGAAGACCUGGUCAGCUAGUACUAGGCAUUGUCACCCUUGAAAGUCUCAGAUUAACAGUUCUGCAUCUCAACAUUACUUCUUUACGAGCUUCGGUUCUUUACUCAUUCAAUCUCAAGAUGGAGGACGAUUGUAAGCUAAGAUCAGCAGAUGAGAUAUCAGCAACAGUCCACCAAAUAUUCAGCUAAAUUUUAUUGGUAAAAGGAGGCAGCUGAAUUGAUUCCUCAAGGGAAUAUAGAAAAAGACCAGAAGUCCAGAAGAAGAAAAAGAAUAACUGUAAGCAAUGUUUUUGUACCACAAAGACAAUUCAAGACAAGAGAUGCGAGCCCUUGAUGUUUACAUCUUUAACUUGAG